GCCUCCCGCCGGCUGCCGGCUCCAGCGGCGGUGCCGGCGGCGAUGCCCGCCCCGCUGCCGGGGGGAGAGGCUGCCCGGCGCUGCCCGGCCCCUCGCCGCUCGCCGCAGACCCGCGCACGCACAGGGGCAGCCGGCCGCUUGAGCCAUGAUUGCCGCGGCUUUCCUGGUCCUGCUGAGACCCUACAGCAUCCAGUGCGCCCUCUUCUUGCUCCUGCUGCUGCUGGGGACCAUCGCCACGAUUUUAUUCUUCUGCUGCUGGCACCGCAGGCUCCAGAAAGGGAGGCAUCCCAUCAAAUCCGUCUUUUCAGGUCGCUCAAGGAGCCGAGAUGCUGUCAUGAGAACUCAUCACUUUCGCUCUGAGGGCUUCAGAUCAAGUCCUCGCCAUGCCAGAAGACGUGUGGCACCUCGGCUGGAGGAAACACAGCCCAUAGUGGAAGCUCACCAUCUCAGUGAGCAGGAAACUUCUGUCAGAAAAAGGAAAAUCAAGAAAAGCAGCCGAGUCCAACCAGAAUUUUACCAUUCUGUUCAAGUUACCCCAACUCGAAAACCUAGCUCCGGCAACGCGUCCUACCGAUGCUCCAUGUCGUCCUCCGCCGAUUUCUCCGACGAGGAGGACUUCAGCCAGAGGUCGGGGACGGUGUCGCCGGCGCCGGGGGACACGCUGCCCUGGAACCUGCCCAAGCACGAGCGGUCCAAGCGGAAGAUCCAGGGCGGCUCGGUGCUGGACCCUGCCGAGCGGGCCGUGCUGCGCAUCGCCGAUGAGCGUGACAAAGUACAAAAGAAGACAUUCACAAAAUGGAUAAAUCAGCAUCUCAUGAAGGUUCGAAAGCAUGUGAAUGACCUAUAUGAAGACCUAAGAGAUGGACAUAACUUAAUCUCACUUCUAGAAGUCCUUUCUGGAGACACCUUGCCAAGAGAGCGAGAUUUUUUGAAGACCUUACGGUUGCCCCGGGAAAAAGGCCGGAUGCGUUUUCACAGACUGCAGAACGUCCAAAUUGCACUUGACUAUUUGAAAAAGCGCCAGGUGAAACUGGUUAACAUCAGAAAUGAUGAUAUAACAGAUGGGAAUCCCAAAUUGACUUUGGGGUUGAUAUGGACCAUAAUCUUGCACUUUCAGAUAUCUGAUAUCCAUGUUACUGGGGAGUCAGAGGACAUGUCUGCUAAAGAGAGACUGCUCCUGUGGUCACAGCAAACAACAGAGGGUUAUGCUGGAAUACGCUGUGAAAAUUUCACUACCUGCUGGCGCGAUGGAAGGUUAUUUAAUGCCAUCAUUCAUAAAUACAGGCCGGACCUGAUAGACAUGAGUACCGUUGCUGUUCAAAGCAACCUCGCAAAUUUAGAACAUGCUUUUUUUGUAGCAGAAAAACUCGGUGUUGCCAGACUUCUGGAUCCUGAAGAUGUCGAUGUUUCCUCACCUGAUGAGAAGUCAGUAAUAACUUAUGUGUCAUCACUUUAUGAUGCAUUUCCCAAAGUACCAGAAGGUGGUGAAGGCAUCAGUGCAAAUGAUGUUGAAGUCAAAUGGGUUGAAUAUCAGAAUAUGGUGAACUACCUCACGCAGUGGAUCAGACACCAUGUCGCGAUAAUGUCUGACAGAACAUUUCCCAAUAAUCCUGUGGAAUUGAAGGCACUUUAUAAUCAAUAUUUACAGUUUAAAGAAACAGAAAUUCCACCGAAGGAGAUAGAAAAAUCAAAAAUUAAACAUCUAUAUAAACUGCUGGAGGUCUGGAUAGAAUUUGGACGCAUCAAACUCUCUCAAGGCUACCAUCCAAAUGAUAUAGAAAAAGAAUGGGGAAAGCUGAUUAUUGCCAUGCUGGAAAGAGAGAAGACCCUUCGACCUGAAGUGGAGAGGUUGGAAAUGCUGCAGCAAAUUGCAAACAGAAUUCAGCGGGACAGCCGGAGCUGUGAGGACAAACUGGUACUUGCCAGGAAUGCUCUGCAGUCUGACACAAAGCGAUUGGAGUCAGGGCUCCAGUUCCAGCAUGAAGCAGAGAUAGCUGGGUAUCUUCUUGAAUCUGAGAAUCUUCUCCGCCAGCAAGUGAUUGAUGCCCAAAUUCUCAUUGAUGGAAAAUACUAUCAAGCAGACCAGCUUGUUCAAAGAGUUGCAAAACUUCGUGAUGACCUGAUGGCCUUACGGACCGAAUGUUCUUCCGUGUACAGCAAGGGGCACGCGCUCACCACAGAGCAGACCAAGCUGAUGAUAUCAGGAAUCACCGAAAGCUUAAACUCAGGAUUUACAACAAACCUAACACCUGAACUAAAUGCUGCAAUGACACAAGGUUUAACACCUACUUUGACUCCUUCCAGUUUGACAUCUGGCCUUUCAUCAGGUCUUUCUUCCAGACUGACACCAACCAUCACUCCCGCUUACCCGUCAGGCAUCCCACCACGGUUAAUUCAGAGCUACGUGUCAGGGGUAGACAGUGGGACUCUGCAAACACUCAAACUGAUGCAAAUCAGGAAACCUCUUAUGAAAUCAGCUUUUGUGGAUCAGAAUUUGACAGAAGAAGAGGUGAACAUGAAGUUUGUCCAGGACCUAUUGAGCUGGGUGGAAGAAAUGCAGGUUCAACUUGAUCGAGCAGAAUGGGGUUCAGAUUUGCCAAGUGUUGAAAGCCAUUUAGAAAAUCACAAAAAUGUCCACAAAGCUAUUGAGGAAUUUGAGUCCAGCCUUAAAGAAGCCAAAAUCAGUGAGAUCCAAAUGACUGCCCCUCUUAAACUCAGUUAUGCAGAGAAGCUGCACAAACUGGAGAGUCAAUAUUCAAAACUCUUGAACACAUCAAGAAAUCAGGAAAGACAUCUAGAUACUCUCCACAAUUUUGUGUCUCGUGCUACUAGAGAGUUGAUAUGGCUGAAUGAAAAAGAAGAGGAAGAGGUUGCAUAUGACUGGAGUGAAAGAAACCCCAAUAUAACAAGAAAAAAGGAAUAUCAUGCAGAAUUAAUGAGAGAACUUGAUGAAAAAGAGGAAGUUAUUAAAUCAGUACAAGAAAUAGCUGAGCAAUUGCUUCUUGAAAACCACCCAGCCAGGCUAACCAUUGAGGCCUACAGAGCUGCAAUGCAGACACAAUGGAGCUGGAUUCUUCAGCUCUGUCACUGUGUUGAACAACAUUUGAGAGAAAAUGCUGCAUAUUUUGAGUUUUUCAGCGAUGCCAAAGAAGCCAUGGAAUAUUUGAAGAAUUUAAAAGAUACCAUAUACAGAAAAUACAGUUGUGAUAGAUCAAGCAGUCUUCAUAGGCUGGAAGACCUUGUCCAGGAGUCCAUGGAAGAAAAAGAACAACUCUUGCAGUACAAGAGCACAGUAGCAGGCCUUGUGGGAAGAGCAAAGGCAAUAAUUCAGCUGAAGCCAAGGAACCCUGACUGUGUACUCAAAACAUCCAUUCCAAUUAAAGCCAUCUGUGACUAUAGACAAAUUGAGAUAACUAUUUACAAAGAUGAUGAAUGUGUAUUAGCAAACAACUCCCAUCGUGCUAAAUGGAAAGUCAUUAGCCCAAGUGGUAAUGAGGCCAUGGUUCCAUCUGUGUGCUUUACAGUUCCUCCACCAAACAAAGAAGCAAUAGAUACAGCCAACAGGAUUGAACAACAGUUUCAGAAUGUUCUGGCCCUUUGGCACGAGUCACAUGUAAACAUGAAGAGUGUGGUGUCCUGGCAUUACCUGACAAAUGAAAUUGAAGUUGUUAGAGCUGGCAAUGUUGCCUCAAUAAAGACAAUGCUGCCAGGUGAACAUCAGCAGGUUCUAAGCAAUUUACAGUCCCGCUUUGAUGAUUUUGUGGAAGACAGCCAGGAGUCCAAAAUCUUUACAAGCUCUGAUACAGCACAGCUGGAAAGGGAAGUUAAUGUUUGCAAGCAAUACUAUCAAGAGCUUCUCAAGUCUGCAGAAAGAGAGGAGCAGGAAGAAUCUAUUUACAAUCUGUACAUCUCUGAAGUGAGAAAUAUCAGACUACGACUGGAGAGCUGUGAGGAGCGGUUAAUACGGCAGAUCCGGACGCCAAUGGAAAGGGAUGAUGUGCAUGAGAAUGUGCUUAGGAUUUCAGAGCAGGAGAAACUGAAGAAAGAACUGGAUCGACUAAAGGAUGACUUGGGAGUCAUCACAGAUAAAUGUGAAGAGUUUUUCAGUCAAGCUGCUGGCUCACCUUCAGUCCCUACUCUGCGCUCUGAACUCAAUGUUGUUAUACAAAACAUGAACCAAGUUUACUCCAUGUCUUCCAUUUUCAUAGACAAAUUAAAAACUAUAAAUUUGGUGCUGACGAACACCCAAACAGCAGAAUCAUUAGUAAAACACUAUGAAACUAAGCUGUGUGAAGAAGAAGCAGUAACGGCAGACAAAAACAAUAUUGAAAAUCUGAUGGGUACAUUAAAGCAAUGGAGAUCUGAAGUAGAUGAGAAAAGACAAACAUUCCAUGCCUUAGAGGAUGAACUGCAGAAGGCAAAGAUGAUCAGUGACCAGAUGUUUAAAAUGCACAAGGAACGUGAUCUUGACUUCGACUGGCAUAAAGAAAAAGUUGAUCAGUUGGCUGAGAGGUGGCAAAAUGUUCAUUCUCAAAUUGAAAAUAGGUUGCGUGACUUGGAAGGUAUUAAUAAAUCUCUGAAGUAUUAUAAAGAUACUUACAAUUCUUUGGACACUUGGAUUCAACAAGUGGAAGACACUCAGCGGAAGAUUCAAGAAAUACAUCCUGAAAAUAGCAAAGCAUUGGCUAAGCAACUGAACCAACAUAAGAUGCUGGUUUCAGAGAUUGAAAUGAAACAAAGCAAAAUGGAUGAAUGCCAGAAGUAUUCAGAACAAUACUCAGCUGCUGUGAAGGACUAUGAGUUGCAGACCAUGACCUACAGAGCUAUGGUUGACUCCCAACAAAAAUCUCCAGUAAAGCGCCGAAGGAUGCAAAGUUCAUCAGACUUCAUUAUUCAAGAGUUCAUGGAUUUACGGACCCGGUACACUGCCUUAGUGACCUUGAUGACCCAGUACAUUAAGUUUGCAGGUGAUUCUUUGAAAAGACUGGAAGAGGAAGAGAUUUUAAAGAAUAAGGAAGCAUCUGCACGUCAGGCGUAUUCAGAUCUAUUGGCACGGCAAAACAGCACAGCUGAUGAGAAUAAAAAGCUCAUGGGAAAGGUAAAAACCCUUGAGGAGAUGUUGGAGAAUAUGAAGAAACAAAAAAUCCAAGUGGAACAGGAGCUCCCUAAAGUGAGAGAAGCUGCAGAAAAAGAGCGGAAGAAGCAGCAAAAGGAGAUGGAGGAGAUCUGUCUUCAGAAGACCAAGGCUGAGCAAGAGGCAAAGCAGUGUCGUGUAGACCUAGAAAGCAUUGAGAGAGAGAAAGCAGAUGCAGAGCAGGAGUUGGAGUCUGUAAGGCAGUUCAUUAUCCAGGCAGAGACUCAAAGGAGUAUACUGGAAGAAAACCUCCGUGCUUUUCGAAAUCAAAUAGAAGAAAGCACUUUUACCAGAAGAAACCUUGAAGAGCUUCUAAGAAGAAAGGAUACUAAUCUUUAUGAUUUAGAGAAACAAAAGAAAACCUUGAUGCAGGAACUGAAGAAAAAAACAGAUGGAGAAGAGAAACUUAUGAAGCUCAUCAAGCAAAUAGAACAAGAUCUUGACUUUAAAAACCUAUCAGAAAUAAAGCUGCAAGAAAGAGAGAGAACUGAAUGCAGAAGGAAGGUUAUUGAAGGCACAUACUCUGUAACUAGAGAAAUUUCCCUGCCAACUUUCACAGCUGGGCAAGGCAGCCAGUGUAGGAUUGAUUCUGAAAUGACAAGUUUCCAGAAGAAACUAGAAGCCAAAAAAGUAGAAGAGCUCAAACAAAAGAUAGAUGAGUUGACUCUUGCUAACAAAAAAGCUGAUAAAACUAUUAAAGACCUGAAAUAUGAACUGAAUGAAAUUGAGCUUCAAAAAUCAUCAACAGAAGAAAAGUCUCGUUUAUUGAAAGAAAAACUAGAUAAAGUCAACAGUGAACUUAAAUGCCUAAAAAUUAAGCUGGAGGAAAAAGACCAAGUAGAGCAGGGAUAUUUGCAACAGUUGAAAGAACUGGACAGGCAGCUUCAGAGAACCACAGGUAAAGCUGAAGAGGUGAUGCAAGAAAAUAUGGAUCUUAAAAAACUUAAGAUGAACUACCAGGAGGACCUGAAAUCUGUUCAGCAAGAAAAGACACAGCUAAAAAGAGAAAUAGAAGAAUUAACCAGAUCACAGACAAAAACUGAAAUCACUAUCAAACAUUUAAACUCACAGAUCAGUUCUCUUCAAAAAGAGAAGCUGGCAGCUGAACACAGAACACAGUCAUGCAAAGGAGAAGCAAAUAAUCUUCAAGACCAAUAUAAGAAAAUUAAAGAACAGUUGCUUCAAAAAACAAAAGUAGAGAAAGAAAACCAGCAUGAAAUUCAGAUGCUGAAGAAUGAAUUAACCAAAAGCAAUCAGGUUUCAGAAACAUUGAAACAACAGAUAGAAGAUCUUAAUAAAUGGAACACUGAAACAAAACUACUGAUGAAGCAAAUUCAAUCCGAAUCAGAGAAGAUGGCUUUGGAAAAACAAAAUAUUCAGAGGAAAAAUGAUGCAUUGAAAGCCCUAGCAGAUGGUUUCAAAGAACAGUUGCGUACAACAAAUGAACAAUUGCACAAACAAACAAUACUUGAGCAAGAAUUCAUAUGUAAAAUCAAAAGCCUAGAAGUUGAUCUUGCAAAAGCAAAAGACUUAGCUAGUGACUAUAAACAAAAAUGUGAUAAACAAAAUGCUUCCACCCUUAGCAUUGACCGGGAGGUUAAAAAUUUAAGUGCUCAGAUGAAUGCUCUAACUGUGGAAAAGAGAAUGAGUGAGCAGAAGAUAGCACUACAACAAGCUCAUAUACAAGAACUGAGUAGCAAAUUAAAAAAAUUGCAGGAUGAACUCCAUCAAAAGACUAUGGAUGAACAGAUGGCACGCAAGAAGAUGAUUCUGUUUCAGGAAGAAUCCAUUAAGUUUAAACACUCUGCAGAGGAAUUUAGGAAAAAAGUUGAAAAAUUACUGGAAUCCCAUAGCAUCACAGAAAAGGACAUAUCUGGUAUAAAAUUAGAAUGUGUUGCUCUUCAGCAAGAAAAGCAUAUGGCUGAGGAAAACAUCAUGUUGUACAAGAGGCAAAUGGAAGAUCUGCAAGAAAGGCUUAAAAAAUGUCACGAACAACUACAGCAAGGGAAGCAGGCUGAAAUGGACUAUCACCAGAAGUGCAGGAAACUCGAGGAAGAACUGGAAGCGCAGAAGCGCAUGGUCGAGAGCUUGAAACAGAAGAUGGAUCUGCAGGUCAGGGAGAGUGAACACAGGUUUCUUUCAUUUCAGAAUGAAGUUCAGCAAAAUAAUAAGCUCCAAGAUUCUGGAUUUAAAUUGAGCUGUGAGAGAAGAGGGAAUGAUCUCAGUUACCUGAGUGAGACUGCAGCUAAAGAAUUUGAACAGCUUCCUCCACGUACAAAACCAAGCUCACCUCUGUUAAGGCAGAAACAGGAAAGAUCAGGUUUUAAAUCUGAUCAAAUAGAAGAAAAUACUGUGUAUGUGAGUGCUGAUGAUACAGUACCUAGAGAGGUGCAGUUUCAGAUGUCAAGCAUAAACCAAUCACUAGAAGAUUCCAGUUCCCAGUCAUUUACGGAGUUUGUUUCGCAGAUGAGUACACAGUUCCAGAUAACUUUUGAUAAAGCAAGCCAAAUCUCUGGAAUAUCUGAAAGGGACACACUGAGAAACAGGAACCUACACAGUUCCAGACAAACCAUUAGACAUGGAGAAGACACACAGCAUGAAUUAGGAGUGGUAAAACUGCAUCCCUUGGAGAAAUCAAUGGAAGAGGAAAAGAAGGAACAUGUUGAGAAAGCUGGGGAUUUACUGAAAUGGGUUUCAAAUCUCAGCAAGACACUCAGCAAAGAAGAAGGAGAAAAGGCUGAAAAGACAGAUUUACCUAAGCAGCAGAUUUUCCUUCAUGAAAUGUCAACCAAGAAAGAACAAAUAGCUGAAGCUCUGCAGACUACUCAGUCAUUUUUAGCUAAGCACAGUGACAAAAUGACAGAUGAAGAGAGACAUGAAAUGGAAAAGCAAGUUAGAUCCCUCCAGGAAAGCUACAGCUUGUUAUCCAAUGAAGCUUUGAAGCAGCUGCAGGAAACACAUCUGGGUGAUGAAAAGAUGGAAGAGAAGGUGAAUAAAGUCAUUGCUGGUGUCAUUGACCAAACAACUGGAGAAGUCCUUUCAAUCUUUCAGUCAAUUUUAAGAGGUUUUCUUGACUAUGACACUGGAAUUAGAUUGCUUGAGAAUCAGCUGAUUGUUUCUGGAAUAAUUUCUCCAGAAUUAGGAAUGUGUUAUGAUUUGGAAGAAGCUAAAGCCCAUGCCUUAAUUGAUGACCAGAUUCUGUUGCAGCUGCAGGAAUUAAGUAAUGCAAAGAAGCUUAUAUCAGAAUCAUCAUUAACAAAUAUUCCAGUUGUUUCAGCUUUAGAACAAGGUUUGAUUUCAGAAACUCUGGCUGUUAAAAUUCUUGAGAAUCAGCUUUCGAGUGAGUAUUUGAUUUUGCCAUCUACUGGAGAAAAGCUGUCUUUGCAGAAUGCUUUCCAGAGAAAUCUCAUUUCUCCAACAUUAUAUUCAAAACUCCUGGAAAGACAAGAUACAUGUAAAGAUCCCAUAGACCCCAACUGUGCUGAGAAAAUUUCCCUUGAACAGAUGGUUCACAGAGGCAUAAUGCAUGAAGCAACAGGGUUAAGACUCCUACCGGUGAAACCACAAGAAAAAGGGAGAAUUGUGUUGAAAUGUGGAAGGAAGGUGACUGUUUUGAGGGCAGCCCAUGAGGGGUUCAUUGACAGGGAAACAAUGUUCAGGCUGCUGGGUGCCCAGUUAAUGUCUGGAGGUAUCAUUGACCCCGACUCAGGGAAAAGAAUGACUGUUGAAGAGGCCAUGGGACAAGGGCUGAUAGAUCAGGACACGGCCUGUGGGAUCCUCACACAUCAGGUUCAGACUGGUGGAAUCCUUUCUCACAGCUCAGGACAACGCUUGACUGUCGAUGAAGCUGUGCAGUGCAACUUGAUAUCCUCUACCAGUGCUCUGCUGGUAUUAGAAGCACAGAGAGGCUUUGUGGGACUGAUCUGGCCUCAUACUGGUGAAAUAUUCCCCGUAUCAACUUCUUUGCACCAAGAUAUGAUUACAAAUGAGCUGGCGUUCAAAAUACUGAACGAUAGAAAGAAAAUAGCUGCACUUUACAUUCCAGAAACUUGUGAAAUAAUCAGUCUUGACAAGGCUGCAGAAUCAGGGAUAAUAGACAGUAACACUCUAUCUGUUUUGACCAAUGUGACUUUACCAGAUAAAAUGCCCAACGUAGAAGAAUUAAAGACCCCUUGUAAAAAUGCUGCAAAAUGGUUAUCAACUUAUGAAUUUCUGCCAUCUGUACUUCAUGACUGUGAGGGGGAACAGGAAGAUUCUGGCAGAGAAGACCCUGUAUGUCAUAAUAUAGACCAAGCUAAGAAAAUAUUCAUGUCUUACCUGAUGGUAAAUAGUUAUAUGGAUGCAAACACAGGACAGAGACUUUUGUUAUAUGAUGGGCAACUGCAAGAAGUCAUCAGUAUGUUGCUGGAAGGUGAUAGUGCUGGGUACAAUGCUGGUGUGUCAGAAAUGGAAUUUAGUAACAAAUAUGUAAGCUCAAAAGGAAUUCACCUAAAGUCAGCAGACAGCUUUCAGGGUGAUCUUUUAGGUGCUGAGAAUUCUUGUAAUAGCAGGAAAUGUAAUCAAUUUGAUGAUUUUGGGAAUUAUGUAUCUCAACAAGAAGAUCUCCAUGUGUGCUGGCCAGAUGUUUGCAAUGCUCUUGGUACUGAGCAAUCAGAAUAUACACAGGAGAUGCUGUUAACUAUCCCUGCAGAACUCAGAAAUGCAGGAAGCAGCACUCAAAAUUCCAUGAAGGGAAAUGAACUCAGAGGUUCUUUGGAGGUUUCUGGGUGGACAGAACUCUGUAAGCAUAACAAUCCGCAAACUAAUUCAGGAAACAUUGAAGGAUAUCUUCCAAAUGACUCUAAUACAAGACUUUUAUCACAAACAGCAAAAGAAGGGAUUUGUGUGGGACACAGUCUGGAUAAUGAAAAUAUGAAUGAUAAAACAUUACAAAAUUCCUUGAGUGUGAAUGAUUUGUCAGAUAAUGGAACAUGGAAGGAGCUGGAAAGGUACAUGGAAUAUGGGCCUCACAUAUUUCAAGCUGAUAAUAGCAGAAUGGUACUGGAUAACAGAGAGAAAGAUAAUUUUCAGAGACAUCUUGGUUCAUCCAUCAGUGCAGACACUGAAUAUAGACUUCCAGAAGAAUUGGUUAGUCAAUGUGACAUCACACUAAGGUUUGACGACAAUAGAUAUGGUGCACAACUUCUACAGGAAUAUGCAAGUCCAUCCCUAGAGGACUGUCUUUAUAUACAUGGAAGGCCAUCCCUGAAGGAUUGUACUGAUUUUCAGAAUAAAGUGUGUCUAGAAGACAGCACAGGCAUGCACCACAGUCUUUCAUUGGCUGGUGAUACUGUCACCCAUGAUGGACCAGCUCUGGGGGACAGUAACAGCACAGCACAAAGGCUGAGUGUAGAAGAAAGUGAUGUUAUAUUCCACAAGUUAGUGCCAUGUGACAGUAGCUCUGACUCAUCAGUAGAGGGGGAUGAUGGCACCCCCCAGCCUGGGAGUAACUGCUUGCAGCAUGCAUGUGGUGAGGCAGCCUCUGAAGAGGACAGCUCUCAGCUGGAUGAUGGUGAUGAUGAAGCCUAUGAAACACCUCAGGGUGAGGAUGAUGACACUGAUGUCUAUGAUACUCCACAAACUGAUGAUGAUGAUGUUUCCUCUGACACUUCUCAAGGUGAUGAGGGGUUUGAUACCUUGCAGUUGGGGGAUGAUGAUAUACCAGAGCCAGAACUGGCUGGAAGGUCAGUUCCAUUAGGUUUUCUGGAGGAGAGAGGUGGUCGAAUAACCCUAAGAGAAGAGAUCAGCUCUUUUCAAGAACUUGCAGCUAAUGCUGAAGAGAAUGUUCAUGUAAAUGUGAAAGGGCAACCUGAGAGCAUAGCUAUAGCUUCUGCAAAUGCCAAAACUAUGGAAAAAAUCCCUGAGGAAAGGGAAAGAACAGGGAGUUUUGGAGAGAAGGAACAAGAGUUACCAGUUACUGUUGGGAGUGAAGGAAGAAAGGAAGGAGGCAUGAGCUAUUUACAGAGUAUGUAUGAAGCAGAUGUACUAGACAGGAUUGAGGAAGUUGAAAUGAAAGCAGAAGGUGACCUGUGUGAGGAGGAAUCUGAAGGUACACAGGAGGGGGAAGAUUAUGAGGAGGAUUAUGAGAGUUAUGAUGACUCUGACACUGAUUCUGACAGUGAAGAUGAAAUGGAUUUUUUUUAUUCACAUCAUCAAUGUAUAAGUAAAGGUGACCAGCUGUUAAUGUCUGUAGAAGAUGUAGAAAGGAGCAAUGAAAACAAUCAGAACAUUGAUACCUGCUGCUAUUCUUUAGGCCACAAAACAGGAUAUACUUUGCAAUUCCAGUCUAACCAUGAAAAUGGAAAACUAUCCUCAGAAAUAUGUGAAUCAAUGUCAAAUAUUUCUGAAGAAAGAUUUGUUGCUCUUUCAUGUACCAGUGAAGAAGACACACAGCAGGAGACAGAAGAUGAAUAUGGGACUUGUAUCAAAAGUGAACACAAGCCACAGGAUACUACUGAGCCUAUUCAGUCUGAAAAUACCUUUGACACUAAAUGGAUGUCCAUGACGAGUGAAGAGAAUAAUAAAACACAGUUUAGGGUUCCAGGUUCUCAGCUUCUUGAUGGUACUGUGAAAUCUGACCUCAGUGUGACAGCCUAUCUACGGCAAGAUACUGAUGAUGACCAAAGUACUUGGACAAAUUUGCUUCUCUCAGAAUGCUUUACUGAUAGCAUGAAUAAAGAAAACAAUACCACGUCAAUAUUAGAUUCAAAUCAUGGACAAAGACAGAGAGAGGCACUACUUGCAGAGGAAAAAGUAAUAAAUUAUAUGGAACAACUAAAGGAAAGUUCAUCCCAAAUGGACAAUAAAUUCCUUACAGGUACCCCUCAUGUAGGUGAUAAUAGUUCACUUAGGGACCCAAUACAUCCAGUCACCAGUUGGAAGCAUGGUCAAAUAGAAGGAGGUUUUGAGAUUCUUACAGAAAAUAAAAAUAGAUUAAAUAUUAUGGAGGAAUGUGAUGUCAUGGGGCUAAGUAAUAGUCCCAUUCAGAUGGAAAACCUUGGGGAAAUAUUUGAUUCAACAGUAAUUAAAACUGCUAGAGAAACUCCUGUUGCAAGUAAAGAAAAAGUAAAUGCUGAUCAAGCUUUUCUUGACAUUCAAGGUGCAAGAUCAGAUGAAUUUAAGAGAGAUGUUAACAUUUCUGCUUCUUUAAAACAACAUACAACAUGCAUAAAAGAAGGUGGCCAUUCAGAACUCAAUAAAACUGAAUUAUGUUUUGAGGACAUGAAAAGAGGGGAAAAGGGUAUACAGAAUGAAAAGGAUUUUCUCCUAAAUGUGGAAGAAAUGCAUUCAAGUGAAUUUGACACUUACUCUUUUCCCCCACAUGAUACAGUGAAGCCAAAGGAGAUUAGCUUAACUAAAGAAAUAGGGAGACCUAGCUGUCAAAAUACUGACAAUGUUCUUCAAGACAUUCCAGAAAACAAAAGCAGCAAUGAUAGUGAAAUUUUGCCCACAAAACCAGAGGAUUUAGGAAGUACUGAGGAUGCCAAAGAAUUAGGGGAUGGAAGUGAAGUGCUGCCUACUGGGAGACAUACCCACACCACUGAUGUUUCUUCUGCAUUUCUGAGUAGCAUAGGGACUAAGUUAAAUUAUGGUGCCCAGAACGAACAUGAGACGCUGAAAAACACAAAGGGAGAAAAUGUCAUGGUCAGUGAGACUUCCUGCCUUGGAAAUGGUUUCAAAAAACAAGUGUCCAUGGAGUCAUUGCAAAGAGAAAUGGCACCCUGCAAAGAUAUUCAAGUAAAAGAAGGUAUUUCAGAUGUGUCUGACACACUAAUGGAAGACUUACAGAAUAUAUUACAAAGGAAAUUGAAAAUGGGACAUGUUUACUGCAAGGAGGGUGAACCCCUAAGUUACUCUGAUACCAGAACUUUAAUGCAAAAUUUACUUAAAAUGGUUGGAAGCACUCAGCUUGCAAGUGAAAUUUCUAGUGGGCCAAAUCUGAAGCAAAUAAGCAAUGCUAUUAGAACUGCAUUAAUGGUCACCACGCUGUGUACAGAGCCCAAGGACAGUGAUGCUCCUUCACAGCUUUGGCCAGAUUGCAGAAGUCCUGAUCUUCUUCAUGAUAUUCUGAAGCAGGAAUCCUGCAAGCAGAAGACAGCUGAUCCAGAUGAAAGGAAGAGUGAAACAGACAGGAAAGCUCCUGUUCCCAAGCUUGCUACCACUGAACUUCUGGAAAAUUUUCAAAUCUCACUAGGAGAUGAAAGUACAAGCAAGUUAGAGGAGCUGAUAAAUGGUUUGCUUAUGAGCUCACAGGGUGCUGGUAUCACCACAGAGCAUGAGGGUAAAGGCAAAGGAGAUGGGCUUUAUUCUCUUUCCUCAACAGAACAAUCAGAGCUUGGAUCAGAAAUUGAUGAAGAGAAAACAUUGGUAGAUAAUGCAACUACUACUUUUAAAAGUGAUCAGGAACAUGGGAAGACAGAAAGCCUGUCCAAAGGCUUUACUGAGCCUGUUUUGAAAACAAAAGAAGCAGUCCUGGGAGACACCCCCACUAGCAUGUUUGAUGGAGUACAGCAAUGUUUAAAGUUAACAGAGAAAAUGCAAGAACAUUUGGCGGUGCUUCAAGAUAUGCAAAACCACCUAGAUAAACAACAGCCUGUUAGUAACAGCCUGGAAAUACUAAAAGCUGAACUGGAACAGCUAGAGUCAUUUGAAUCAGGACUGGCUACCUUUGCAAUUAUCCUAAAAAAGGACAUGAAGUUGGCAGAAGAUUUCUUGAAGUCUUGUAACAGGAAUAUUCCAGAAGAGAAACUUCAAGAACUGAAGAUAUGCUAUGAGUCUUUGCAGGAAGUAUUUUUGGAAGUCUGUGAUAGAUCUUCAAAACGAGCAAAACAAAUAGUCUGUGCAGUUGACUUGGAAAUGUCUAACCUUGCAGGUUUACAUCAGGAACUUUUAAACCAACUGCAGAGAUUUUCAGACUGGAUCACAGAGAACAAUAAAAUCAUGAAUGACUUCACAAUGAAUACUAAUGAUAUAGAAGAGAUGAAGAAAAGUUUACAGCUGUUUAAAAACAGUGCUGCAGAGCUCAGGUGUAAAAAAAUGCAAUUGGAGUCCACUGCGUUUGAUGUUCAGUUCUUCAUUUCUGAACAUGCUGAAGAUCUUUCUCCUAACCAGAGCAAACAGCUGCUGAGGCUCUUAAAUACCACCCAGAAAUCUUUUCAGGAAGCACAGGAAGCAAUAAGUUCUCAAGUGGAAAGUUUAGAGACUCAGUUACAGGCAGUGCAAGAGCUGGGUGAUCAGAAGGAUGUGGCUGAAAGGCAGCAGGAAUGCAAAGAGAAGCUGCAGGAGAUCUGUGAUUUGCUGACACAGACUGAAAAUCGACUCAUCGGACAGCGACAGUCUCUUGUUAUUGGAGACAGCAAGGCUGAGCUGGAACAAUACCAGACCAAACAGGAGGAGAUACAAAAAGACAUGAGAACAAGUGCCCAGACACUGGCAGAGAUUGUGAAAAAUACCGAAACCUUCUUGAAAGAGAAUGGAGAAAAGUUGUCACAAGAAGACAAGGCUAUUCUGGAACAGAAACUAAAUGAAGCUAAGACAAAGUGUUUGCUCCUUAGCCAGAAGGCAGAAGAGUCCAAAAAAGAACUGGAUAAAGCUAUGACAACAGCAAUUAAGCAGGAAACAGAAAAGGUUGCAGCCAUAGAGCAGCUGGAAGAAAGUAAAAAUACUAUAGAAAAUCUUUUGGAUUGGUUAUCGAAUGUGGAUAAGGAAGCGGAGCAUGGCAGGAAAUUUAAGCAAGAGAUAGAACAGAAUGGAACACACUUUGAAGAAAUUUUGGAAGGAGAGGAGGAUGAUGUUAAUGGUAAUCUGCAAGACAUUGAAACUCAGGUGGACGGACUAGUAAAGAGCAUAGAUGAUAACCUGAACCAGCAGUAUCAGAAAGUCAAGGCUCAACAUGAGAAAAUUAUUUCACAGCAGCAGGCUAUCAUAGUAGCAACUCAGUCUGCUCAGGCACUGCUUGAGAAGCAAGGACACUACCUUAGCCCUGAAGAAAAAGACAAGAUGCAAAGGAACAUGAAGGAGCUGAAGGCUCAGUAUGAGACUGCUUUGGCUGAAUCAGAACGAAAAAUGAAAUUGACUCAUUCUCUAAGGGAAGAAUUGGAGAAAUUCGAUGCAGACUAUAGUGAAUUUGAAAUGUGGCUGCAGCAGGCAGAACAAGAACUUGACAAUUUGGAGGCAGGGGCUUCUGACUUCAGUGGUAUUAUGGUCAAGCUGAAAAGGCAGAAGAGUUUUUCAGAAGACGUUAUAUCUCACAAAGGGGAUUUGCGCUAUAUUACAAUUUCUGGACAAAGAGUUUUGGAUGCUGCAAGGUCAUGCAGCAAAAGAGAUGGUGUGAAGAUUGACAAAGAUGGUAUUGAUACUUCAGCUACCUAUGCUGAAGUGCAGAAUAAACUGGAUAGAGCUUCAGAUCGCUUCAAAUCUCUCUAUACUAAGUGUAGCAUCCUUGGAAAUAACCUUAAGGACCUGGUGGAUAAAUACCAGCAUUAUGAAGAUGCCUCAUCAGGACUUUUGUCAGGUCUCCAGGCCUCUGAAAUAGCUGUGAACAAACAACUAUCAGAGCCAAUUGCAGUGGAUCCCAAAAAUCUCCAAAGACAACUUGAAGAAACUAAGGUUCUUCAGGGACAAGUGUCUAACCACCAAAUUGCUGUAGAAAAACUGAAAAAAGCUGCUGAAGUGUUAUUGGACACAAGGGGAGAGUUGACACCAGACAAAGAUGAGAUUCAGAAAACACUGGAUGAUAUUGUGGAAAGAUAUGACAAUUUAUCCAAAUCUGUGAAUGAAAGGAAUGAGAAGCUUCAAGUAACUCUGACACGAUCCCUAAGUGUGCAGGAUGGUUUGGAUGAAAUGCUGGAUUGGAUGGAAGGAGUUGAAAAGAGCCUUAAAGAACAAGAUCAAGUGCCUUUGAAUUCUGCUGCUAUUCAGGACAUUAUUAGUAAAAGCAUUAUGCUAGAGCAAGACAUUGCGGGUCGGCAAAGCAGCAUAAACACUAUGAAUGAAAAAGUGAAGAAGUUCAUGGAAACAGCAGAUCCAUCCACUGCUUCCACACUGCAAGCUAAAAUGAGUGAACUUGCAGGACGGUUUUCUGAUGCAAGUAACAAACACAGAGAGAAGCUCAUGAAAAUGGAGGAACUGAAGACUAAAGUGGAGUUGUUUGAAGGUCUGUCAACAAAGCUUCAGUCAUUUCUAGAUGAGAAAAACCAAGCCCUAAGUGAGACAGAGGCACCAAGAAAGGAUGUCAGUGAAGUGUCUCAGUACAUGCAGGAAGCUAGUGUAGAAUUGGCACAACACAAGAAGGAUCUGGAAGUUUUGAAGCAGCUCCUUGAAGAACUUUCAUUCCAUGCUCUUCCUGGAGAUAAAGCACUGGUAUUAGAAAAAGUAAAUGCUUUGUCAAAGAAAUUCAAAGAGGUAGAGGAGACAAUAAAAGAAAAAGAAGAGGAUGUAUCAUCUUGUCAGAAACAAAUGGAUGCUUUUGAGCUCCUUGUAGAAUCAUUAAAGAAAUGGAUAAAAGAGACCACAGAACGAAUUCCAGCAGCACAGCCCUCUUUGAAUACAGAGGAGUUAAAGAAACCCUUGGAAGAUACAUUGAAUUUAAAAGAUGAAUGGACAUUAAAGGCACCUGAACUGCAGAAAAUGAAUAGCAGAGGAACUUUGCUAUGUAACUUAAUCACUGCUGUGACUUCUCCUGCAAAACUGAGAGCAGUUGCCAAAUCAGGUGGCACAAUUUUAAAUGGUGAGGGAGGAGCUCCAGGAACUCAGGACUUCUUGAAAAAUAAAGAACUGACAACUGUUCAACAAGCUAUGUCUAAUGUAAAUCACAGCUAUGAAGAUUUGGGAGUUUUAUUGAAUGGAAAGAUUUCAGAACUAGAAAGUAUGCUUUCAAAAAUGCAAAAUAUUCAGGAAGAAUCAACCUCAAUGAUGCAUUGGUUGCAAAAAAUGGACAAAACUGCAUCAGACUGGGAAGCUGCUCCAACAGAUAGUGAAGCUGUUAAAGCCCAAGUUGAGCAACAUAAGCUUUUUGAAACUGAAUUAAAGCAAAGUGCAAAUAAAGUGCAGGAACUAAAGGACAAAGUUACAGAGCUGUUGGAGAAGAACCCUGACUCUCCUGAGGCACCUAAGUGGAGACAAACGUUGGAUAAAAUAGAUUCCAAAUGGAAAGAACUCAAUCAAGUUACAUCUGAGAGACAACAAAAACUGGAGGAGUCUUCAAAUUACCUGAUCCAGUUCCAGACAGCAGAAGCUCAGUUGAAGCACUGGCUUGUAGAGAAAGAGCUAAUGGUCAGUGUGCUGGGUCCCUUAUCAAUUGAUCCUAAUAUGCUGAAUACACAAAAGCAACAGGUUCAGAUUCUGCUCAAAGAAUUUGACACCAGAAAGCCACAAUACGAGCAGUUAACUAUUGCUGGGCAGGGGAUUCUGGAGAGACCUGGUGAACAUCCACCCUCACAUGAAAUUGUAAAAGAGCAACUGACAGCUGUGGCACAGAAGUGGGACAGUCUAACCAGCCAGCUGAAGAAGAGAUGUGACCGAAUUGACCAAGCCAUUGUGAAAAGCACAGAGUAUCAGAGUUUACUCAGAAGUCUGUCUGAUAAGCUAAGUGCCUUGGAUAGCAAACUCAGCAGCAGCCUGGCUGUGAGUACACAACCUGAUGCUGUGAAACAACAGCUGGAAAUUGCUAAAGAAAUGAAGGAGGAAAUAGAACAGGAAAUGAAGAAUAUAAAUGCAGCACAAGCUCUUUGUGAAGAGCUGUCAACACUGGUUGGAGAAGAAUAUUUGAAAGCAGAACUUACAAGACAGUUAGAUGGCAUCUUAAAAUCAUUUAAGGAUAUUGAGCAAAAAUCAGAUAACCAUGUUCAGCAGCUCCAGUCAGCAUAUGCCACUUCUCAUCAGUUCCAGCAAAUGUCUAAGGACUUUCAGGCCUGGCUAAGCAAAAAGAAACAAGAGCUGAACCAGGCUCGUCCUGUGUCAGCCAAACUUGAUGCCUUGCAAUCACUAAUUGAAGAACAGAAAGAUUUUAAGAAGACAAUGAUCGAUCAGAUUAGUUCAUAUGAAAGAAUUGUUGCAGAAGGAGAAAGUAUCUUACAGAAGACUCAAGGAGAUGACAAAGCAGAGUUACAAUCCCAAAUUGCAGCACUCAAGAAUAACUGGGAUGAAAUGAAUAAACAGGUAAAAGAAAGGGAAGAUAAAUUAGCAGAUUGUCUGGAGAAAGCCCUCAAAUAUAAGCAGCAUGUAGAAAAUCUGCAGCCAUGGAUAGAGAAGUGCCAAAGCAACCUGUGUGAAUUAAAAGUUGGCAUAAACCCUGUUGAAAUAGAGGAUUCUAUUGUUCAGGUGAGGGCAUGGCAGAAGGACCUGGAUAAACACCACGGGAUAGUGGAACUAUUAAAUAAUUCUGCUGAAAGUUUGCUCAAUGCAAGUCAAACAGAUAAAGAAAUUGUUCAAGAAGAAACAAAGAUGCUUAAUCAGAAUGUGAAGGUGGUUACAGAGCAGUUACAUAAGAAGAGAGAGUCCUUGGAAAAUAUGGCUCAGAGACUGAAAGAGUUUCAGGACUCAUCCAGGGAAACAGAAAGACAGCUUAAAAGUGCCAAAGAACAUCUGGAAGCUCAUGACUCACUCGGACCUCAGUCCUUCAGUAACAAACACCUGACAAUGAUGCAGGCCCAGCAGAAAGCCUUGCAGGUUUUAAAACCUCAUGUUGAUUUAGCAAAAAAGCUUGCCCAAGACCUGGUGGUAGAAGCUUCUGAUUCAGCAGGUGUUUCUGACCUCUUACUCCAAGCUGAGUCUUUGGAGCAAGAAUACACUGCAGUGAAGCAGCAAGUUGAGGAGAGGUGCUCAUUCCUAGAGACCAAACUUCAGGGAAUUGGCCAUUUCCAGAACAGCAUCAGAGAGAUGUUCUCUCAGUUUGCAGAGUUUGAUGAUGAACUUGACAGCAUGGCUCCCGUUGGGAGAGAUCUCAAGGUGCUGCAGUCACAGAGAGAGGACAUAAAACACUUCAUGAAAAAGUUAGAGGAUCUUAUAAUGAAUAAUGAAAAUGCUAAUAAGAACUGUAAAAUUAUGCUAGCUACAGAAGCUGAAGCUUCUCCUGAUCUUAUUGGUAUAAAGAGAGACUUGGAAGCUCUAAAUAAACAGUGCAACAAGCUACUAGACAGAGCAAAAGCCAGGGAAGAUCAAGUGGAAGGUACUAUUUGCCGUGUUGAGGAGUUUUACAGUAAGCUAAAAGAAUUUUCCACUCUGCUUGGGAGAGCUGAAGAACAUGAAGAGUCACAAGGUCCUGUUGGAAUGGAAACAGAGGCUAUUAAUCAGCAGCUGAAUACAUUCAAGGUAUUCCAGAAAGAAGAAAUUGAACCCUUACAAGUAAAACAACAGGAAGUAAAUUGGUUGGGUCAGGGCCUAAUUCAGAGUGCUGCUAAAAGUACCAACACAGAAAACCUUGAACAUGACCUUGAAGAUGUCAACACUCGAUGGAAGACUCUUAAUAAGAAGGUUGCCCAGCGUGCUGCCCAAUUGCAGGAAGCCCUCCUCCACUGUGGGAGAUUUCAGGAUGCCCUUGAAUCUCUGCUUAGCUGGCUCAUUGAUACAGAAGAUCUUGUGGCUAAUCAGAAACCACCAUCUGCUGAAUUCAAAGUUGUCAAGGCCCAAAUACAAGAACAGAAGCUUCUGCAGAGGCUGCUGGAUGACCGCAAGCCCACUGUGGAGGCAAUCAAGCGCGAAGGGGAGAAAAUUGCGGAGUCAGCAGAGCCUGCUGACAGAGUGAAAAUCCUGAAACAGUUGAGUUUCCUGGAUAGUCGAUGGGAUGCCUUGCUCAGUAAAGCUGAAACAAGGAACCGUCAGCUGGAAGGCAUCUCGGUGGUAGCGCAGCAGUUCCACGAAGCUCUGGAGCCUCUGGUGGAGUGGCUGACAGCCACAGAGAAAAGGCUUGCAAAUGCAGAACCCAUUGGAACACAGGCCUCCAAACUGCAGCAGCAAAUUUCUCAGCAUAAAGCCCUAGAAGACGAUGUCCUAGCUCACAAUAAGAGUUUACAUCAGGCCAUUAGCACUGGGCAGUCCCUAAAGACUAUGUGCUCCAGGGAAGAUAAAGAUAUGGUGCAGGAAAAGCUAGAUUCUGCUCAGGCACGAUACAUUGAAAUUCAAGAGAAGAGCAACAGCAGGUCUGAACUUCUCCAGCAAGCUUACAGCAAUGCUCAGAUUUUUGGGGAGGACGAAGUUGAAUUGAUGAACUGGCUGAAUGAAAUCCAUGAUAAACUGAGCAAAUUGUCAGUCCAAGAUUGCAACACAGAAUUGCUUGAGAAACAGCACUCUGAACUACUGGAUCUUCAGGAAGAGAUUCUUCUUAGAAAACAAAAUGUUGAUUUAGCUAUACAAAAUGGCUUAGAGCUUCUCAAGCAAACAACAGGUGAUGAAGUUGUAAUUGUUCAAGAUAAACUGGAAGGCAUUAAAGCAAGAUACAAAGAAAUUACAAAAUUGAGUUCUGAUGUAGCCAAGACUUUAGAGCAGGCUCUGCAGCUUGCAGGUCAACUGCACUCCACUCAUGAGGAGCUCUGCAAAUGGCUUGAUGAAGUAGAGAUGGAGUUACUCUCAUAUGAAACUCAAAUACCAAAGGGUGAAGAAUUAAGCCAAGUACAAGAAAGACAAAAAGAGCUGAAAAAAGAAGCAAAGAACAACAAAGGCUUGGUGGACACCCUGAAUGAAGUUGGCAGUGCCUUCCUGGAGCUGGUGCCAUGGAGGGCCAGAGAGGGGCUGGACAAGAUGAUAACAGAGGACAAUGAACGGUACAGAUUAGUGAGUGACACGAUCUCUCAGAAGGUGGAUGAGAUUGAUGCUGCCAUCCUGAGAUCCCAGCAGUUUGAUCAAGCAGCUGAUGCUGAAUUUGCCUGGAUUGCAGAAACAGAGAAGAAACUGAUGUCUCUGGGUGAUAUUAGGCUUGAGCAAGACCAGACCACUGCUCAGCUGCAAGUUCAAAAGGCUUUUACCAUGGAGAUUUUAAGGCACAAAGAUACUAUUGAUGAACUUGUUAAAUCUGGGGAUAAGAUUAUGAAAACGUGCACUGAAGAAGAGAAAGAGAUGAUGAAGAAAAAAAUUGAAAGCCUCUUACAGAAAUAUGAUGCAGUCUGUCAAAUGAACUCAGAGAGAAACCUUCAGCUGGAACGGGCUCAGUCCCUGGUUAACCAGUUCUGGGAGACUUAUGAAGAGCUUUGGCCGUGGUUAACUGAAACAGAAAUGAUCAUCUCUCAGCUUCCUGCACCAGCCCUUGAAUAUGAAACAUUAAAGCAACAACAAGAAGAACAUAGGCAACUGCGUGAGCUGAUUGCUGAGCACAAGCCUCAUAUAGAUAAGAUGAACAAAACUGGGCCUCAGUUGCUGGAGCUGAGCCCAGGAGAAGGCUUUUCUAUCCAAGAGAAAUAUGUGGCAGCUGACACCCUUUACAGUAAAAUUAAGGAAGAUGUCAAAAAGCGAGCGCUGGCACUGGAUGAAGCCAUUUCUCAGUGUACUCAGUUUCAUGACAAGAUAGACCCAACGCUCGAGAGUCUGAAACGCAUUGUUGAACGUCUGAGGCAGCCACCUUCAAUCUCAGCAGAGGUUGAGAAGAUAAAAGAGCAGAUCAGUGAAAAUAAGAAUGUGUCAGUGGAUCUAGAAAAACUUCAGCCAGUGUAUGAGACACUUAAACAGAGAGGGAAGGAAAUGAUUGCUCGCUCCGAAGGUGCUGAUAAGGAUAUGUCUGCUAAAGCUGUUCAAGAUAAACUAGACCAAAUGGUCCUAAUUUGGGAAGACAUCCAGACCUUGACUGAGGAAAGAGAGGCCAAACUGUUGGAUGUAAUGGAACUAGCUGAAAAGUUUUGGUGUGAUCAUUUGGCUCUUGUAGCUACUAUUAAAGAUACUCAGGACUUCAUUCGAGAACUGGAGGGACCUGGUGUUGACCCAUCUGUAGUCAAGCAGCAGCAAGAAGCUGCAGAGGCUGCUAAAGAAGAAAUUGAUGGACUACAAGAAGAGCUAGAAGCAGUUGUGAGCCUUGGCUCUGAGCUGAGAGCUGCUUGUGGAGAGCCUGACAAACCUAUUGUCAACAAGAGUAUAGAUGAGCUGAAUUCUGCCUGGGAUGCAUUAAACAAAACAUGGAAAGAACGUGUGGAUAAGCUUGGGGAAGCUAUGCAGGCAGCUGUUCAAUACCAAGAUGGACUGCAGGCAUUAUUUGACUGGGUAGACAUUGCUGGCAGCAAGUUAGCAUCUAUGUCCCCAGUUGGAACAGAUCUGGAGACAGUGAAGCAGCAAACAGAGGAACUUAAGCAAUUUAAGACAGAAGCUUAUCAGCAGCAGAUAGAAAUGGAAAGACUGAACCAUCAGGCAGAACUAUUGCUGAAGAAGGCAACACAAGAGAGUGACAAGCACACUGUUCAAGACCCUCUCUCAGAGCUCAGACUAUUGUGGGACAGCCUAGAAGACAAAAUUAUAAGUAGACAGCACAAGCUGGAAGGUGCCUUGUUAGCCUUGGGGCAGUUCCAGCAUGCCCUGGAUGAGUUGCUGGCAUGGCUGACACAUACAGAAGACUUGCUGAAUGAACAGAAACCCGUGGGUGGAGACCCCAAGGCUAUUGAAAUUGAACUUGCCAAACAUCAUGUGCUACAAAAUGAUGUUUUUGCUCAUCAGUCUACGGUGGAAGCUGUUAAAAAAGCAGGAAAUGACCUGAUUGAAUCGAGUGCUGUUGAAGAAGCAAGUAAUUUACGGAGCAAGUUGGAACUCCUGAAUCAGCGCUGGCAAAACUUGUUGGAAAAAACAGAACAAAGGAAACAGCAGCUGGAUAGUGCCUUGAUCCAGGCUCAAGGUUUCCAUGGUGAAGUUGAGGAUCUGCAGCAAUGGCUGACAGACACUGAACGUCAGCUGUUGGCAUCAAAACCUGUUGGAGGCUUACCAGAAACAGCAAGAGAACAGCUUAAUGCACAUAUGGAACUUUGUGCUGUCUUUGAGGCCAAAGAAGAGACAUACAAGUGUCUAAUGCAGAAAGGCCAGCAGAUGCUUGCAAGAUGCCCAGAGUCUGCUGAAACAAAUGUUGAGCAGGACAUAAAUAAUUUAAAAGAAAAAUGGGAAUCUGUGCAAACAAAACUCAGUGAAAGAAAAACCAAACUGGAAGAAGCCCUCAAUUUAGCAAUGGAGUUCCACAACUCACUUCAAGAUUUCAUCAACUGGCUUACUCAGGCUGAACAGACUCUAACUGCAGCUUCUCGGCCAAGUCUUAUCUUGGACACUGUCUUAUUUCAAAUUGAUGAACACAAGGUUUUUGCCACAGAAGUGAACUCUCAUCGCGAUCAGAUCAUAGAGCUGGAUAAAACUGGAACCCAUUUGAAAUAUUUCAGCCAGAAACAGGACGUUGUCCUUAUUAAGAAUCUGCUGAUUAGUGUACAGGGUCGAUGGGAAAAAGUAGUCCAACGCUUAGUUGAAAGGGGAAGAGCUUUGGAUGAUGCAAGGAAAAGAGCCAAACAGUUCCAUGAAGCCUGGCAUAAACUUAUGGAAUGGCUGGAAGAGUCAGAGAAAUCUCUGGACUCAGAUCUUGAAAUUGCAAAUGACCCUGACAAAAUAAAGAUGCAGCUUGCACAGCAUAAGGAAUUCCAGAAAUCUCUUGGUGCCAAACAUUCUGUGUAUGAUACCACAAAUAGGACUGGACGUUCCUUGAAAGAGAAAACCACCUUGGCUGAUGACAACUUGAAACUUGAUGACAUGCUGAGUGAACUAAGAGAUAAAUGGGAUACAAUUUGUGGAAAGUCAGUGGAAAGACAAAAUAAACUGGAGGAAGCCCUGCUGUUUUCAGGACAGUUUACUGAUGCUCUGCAAGCUCUCAUUGACUGGUUAUACAAAAUUGAACCUCAGCUAGCAGAAGACCAGCCAGUACAUGGAGACAUCGAUUUAGUAAUGAACCUGAUUGACAACCACAAGGUUUUCCAGAAGGAGCUGGGUAAAAGAACAAGCAGUGUCCAGGCUCUGAAGCGCUCUGCAAGGGAGCUGAUAGAAGGCAGUCGUGAUGACUCUUCCUGGGUCAAAGUCCAGAUGCAGGAGCUAAGCACUCGCUGGGAGACAGUUUGUGCCCUCUCAGUAUCCAAGCAAACUCGACUGGAACAGGCCCUUCGGCAGGCAGAAGAAUUCCACUCAGUUGUCCAUGUCCUUUUGGAAUGGCUAGCAGAGGCAGAGCAGACUCUUCGUUUCCACGGCAUCCUUCCAGAUGAUGAAGAGGCCUUGCGUUCACUGAUAGAGCAGCACAGGGAAUUUAUGAAGAAACUGGAAGAGAAAAAGGCAGAACUGAAUAAAGCAACAGAUAUGGGAGAAGCUAUUCUGGCUAUCUGCCACCCAGAUUCCAUCACCACCAUUAAGCACUGGAUAACAAUCAUCAGAGCCAGGUUUGAAGAGGUCUUAGCAUGGGCUAAACAGCAUCAACAGAGACUGGCAGGAGCUCUGGCUGGACUUAUUGCUAACCAGGAGCUGCUGGAAGCCUUGCUGUCGUGGUUGCAGUGGGCAGAGACUACACUAACUGAAAAAGAUAAAGAGGUUAUCCCCCAGGAGAUUGAGGAAGUUAAAGCGCUUAUAGCCGAACAUCAGACAUUCAUGGAAGAAAUGACCAGAAAACAGCCUGAUGUGGAUAAAGUUACAAAGACCUAUAAAAGGAAAGCACUUGAACCCUCUCCAGUACAAUCUCAUAUUCCUGUCCUUGAUAAGGGGAGAGCAGGAAGAAAGCGUUCCCCAACACCAGGCAUUUAUCCAUCAGCAGCCCAGGCACAAAUUGAAACCAAGAAUCCACGGGUAAACCUUUUAGUCAGCAAAUGGCAGCAAGUUUGGCUUCUGGCCUUGGAAAGAAGGAGAAAACUUAACGAUGCUUUGGACAGACUUGAAGAGCUGAGAGAAUUUGCAAACUUUGAUUUUGAUAUUUGGAGGAAAAAAUACAUGCGAUGGAUGAACCACAAGAAGUCUCGUGUGAUGGAUUUCUUUAGGAGGAUUGAUAAAGAUCAGGAUGGAAAGAUUACAAGACAGGAAUUUAUUGAUGGAAUUCUUUCUUCAAAGUUCCCUACCAGCCGACUUGAGAUGAGUGCUGUUGCAGAUAUUUUUGAUAGAGAUGGUGAUGGAUAUAUUGACUACUACGAAUUUGUAGCAGCUCUUCAUCCAAACAAGGAUGCAUACAAGCCUCUCACAGAUGCUGACAAAAUUGAGGAUGAGGUUACGAGGCAGGUAGCGAAAUGUAAAUGUGCAAAACGGUUUCAAGUGGAACAGAUUGGGGAUAACAAGUACAGAUUCUUCCUGGGAAAUCAGUUUGGUGACUCUCAACAACUGCGCCUUGUUCGUAUCUUAAGAAGUACGGUCAUGGUCCGUGUUGGAGGUGGCUGGAUGGCACUUGAUGAGUUCUUAGUGAAAAAUGAUCCUUGCCGUGUUCAUCAUCACGGGAGUAAAAUGUUACGUUCGGAAUCAAACUCUUCAAUUACCACUCAGCCUACUAUAGCUAAAGGGAGGACAAACGUGGAGCUGCGUGAAAAAUUCAUUUUGGCGGAUGGUGCCAGCCAGAGCAUGGCAGCUUUCCGACCAAGGGGCCGUAGAUCACGACCCUCUUCAAGAGGUGCCUCUCCCAACAGAUCUACUUCUCUGUCAAGUCAAGCUGGCCAGGCAACUGCCCCACAAGCUGUUACUACAAGUACCCCAAAGACACCACAUCAUUUAACACGCAACUAUGGUAAACCAUGGUUGACAAACAGCAAAACAUCAACUCCUUCUAAGCCACCAGAAUCCUCAGACUAUCAAGGGUCAUCUGCAGAGGGUACACCAAUUCAAGGAAGUAAACUCAGGCUGCCAGGGUAUCUAUCAGGGAAGGGGUUCCACUCAGGAGACGACAGUGGCAUCCUGUCAACAGCAGCUACCAGAGUCAGAGCUCAGUUUGCAGAAACCAGGAGAACUCCAAGCAGACCUGGUAGCCGAGCAGGAAGCAAGGCUGGCAGCAGGUCAAGCAGCCGCCGAGGCAGUGACGCCUCUGACUUUGACAUUUCAGAAAUCCAGUCUGUGUGCUCAGAUAUGUCAGAGACUGUUCCUGCUGCAAGCAGGCCGACACCCCGAGCAGGUUCUCGGCCAGGAUCCGCCAAGCCUUCUAAAAUUCCAACUCCCCAGAGAAGGCCACUAGCCAGCAAAUCGGACAAGUCCUUGAAGAGAUAAUAUGAUUGGCGCCAUAAAGGUCUUAUCCUUUUGCAUUAAAUAUUUAAGUUCAUAAGAUGUAAAAUAUUAUGUAGAAAUUACUGUGAAAUAUCGCAAGAGGUGGAUUUUUAAUUCUGCAGAUGGCCUUAUUUGUGUAUUUGUCUUCUUAUUUUAUGUGUAUAAUUUUUGUCAGAUUCUUUUUUGUUUUGCCAUAUCCUGUGAGAAGGGGAAGAGUUCUAAUGUAAACUAACAGUUGUACACAGUAACAUGUAGAAAGUACACUAAAAAUAAUUGCCGAAUGUACAGUGUACUGAAUGUACAGUAAGUCUCUGCAACCUCAAUGGAAAAGGCCUAUCACUAUGUCAUUAGUUAACAGUAAAGGAUACCUCAUGAUUUUUCUUUAAAAAAGAAAAAGAGAAUACUGAAAGCCAAAAGACACAAUUACACAUUUUGAGCUAACUAAACAAACACUAAACGAUCUACGUCAAACUACUAAGGAAUACAAACACACAUUCACAGUACUCUUAUUUAUACAGCAUCUCUCAGAGAACUCACAAAGUUAAUUAAGCACUUGCCAAUAAUAUAAUACUCCAAUACCUUGCAGCAUUUCUGUGCCAUUGCUUUCAAUGAGGCCAGACACAUUCUGGAUAUCUGAACUAUUAUUCUGUAAGAAUAUCAAUAUAAAGUGCAUUCAUGUAAAUGUGAGGUUUUCUUUUGCUUGAGUGGAUGGUAGCACUGUAUCAUUGAACUCAUUUUGUAUCAAAGCAAUUUUGCUUGCAGAAAGCUCAGAAAUAAACAUGUCCCUUAACUUUAUUUCUAUCGUAUUUCUUAUUUCACAGGAAGGUAAUUUUUUGUGUUAUGUUUUAGAGCAUAUGCCAUUUCAGAUGACCAAUAAUUACCAUAGGCUUUAAUGUUAUUUCCCAUUAUCAGCUAUCUGAUUUUGGUUAGCUACUGUAUUUGUUUAAUAAAACACUAAAUUGCACAUAUCAGAGCAUAUGAAAUUAUAUGUAAUUAUUGUGUGUCGACAGUUACUUUCUCCAUAUUAAACUGUGUCAUUUGUA